GGGAGGUAGGACACAGGCUUCCUUGGGAAGAGGAAUUCUGCUGUGUGCUGAGGUGUGGGCCAGGGCCACCCAGGCCCUCUGAGCUAGUGGAGGGAGUGUCCAGCUCUGCUGUGAGGGCAGCGGGGAGAGGGCCAUCUCAAGGCCAAGGCUGUGUGAGGAGGGCGGAGGACUGGAUGCCUGGUUGGGCCUGCUCCAGCUCCUGCGGGGCCUGCCAUGGACUCAACAACCAAGAACGAAAUGCAGCCUGCACUUCUCCCUGGCUCUUCCUGCCCAGGGCCUGAGUGGCCGGAGCAGGAGAGGGCGGAGCGGCUAGCCCGGGGUGCAGCACUCAAGUGGGCCUCAGGCAUUUUCUACCGGCCGGAGCAGCUGGCCAGAUUGGGCCAGUACCGCAGCCGUGAGGUGCAGCGUACCUGCUCCCUGGAAGCACGCAUGAAGUCAGUGGUGCAGUCAUACCUGGAGGGUGUGAAGACUGGUGUGUGGCAGCUGGCCCAGGGCCUUGAGGCCAUGCAGGAAGCCCGUGAGGCCCUGGGCCAGGCCCAUGGGUUGCUCCGGGGCAUGGUCGAGACUGUACAGGCACUAGAGCCCCUGCGGGAGCAGGUCAGCCAGCACAAACAACUGCAGGCCCUGUCUCAGCUGCUGCCCCGGCUGCAGGCAGUGCCAGCUGCAGUGGCCCACACACAGUCCUUGAUUGAUGCCCAACGGCUCUUGGAGGCAUAUGUGAGCCUUCGGGAGCUUGAGCAGCUGCAAGAGGAGACAUGGGCAUCUCUGGGGCACCUGGAGUUGCCAAUCUUCGAGGGGUUGGGCCCUCUGUCGGAGGCACUGGGCCAGGCUGUGGAGGCGGCUGUAGGGGCCGCAGGACAGCUGGCACGGGAGGACCCAGCCCUGCUGGUGGCUGCUGUGCGUGUGGCGGAGGUGGAGACGGGCCGCACAACCUCCCUGGAGCAAGCCCCCCGGGACUGGCGGCAGCGCUGUCUGCGGGCACUACAGGAGGGCCUGGAGCAGGUCCACUUUGGGACACAUCUGCUGCCUGGGCCAGGGGCCCUAGCAGGGUGGCUGGAGGCUCUGCGGGUGGCUCUACCAGCCGAGUUGGCCAGAGCUGAGGCACUAAUAGCACCCUGCUGCCCACCGCACUACAGGGUGGUCCAGCUAUGGGCCCACACCCUGCAUAGUGGCCUGCGCCGCUGCCUACAGCAAUUCCUGGAAGGGCCUGAGCUGGGAGCUGCUGAUGCCUUCACCUUACUGCACUGGGCACUACAUGUGUACCUGGGGCCAGAAAUGAUGGGGAGCCUGGACUUGGGGCCUGAGGCUGACGUGUCUCAGCUGGAGCCCCUCCUGACCCUGGAGAAUAUUGAGCAGCUUGAGGCAACAUUUGUGUCCAAAGUCCAGGCAAAUGUGGUGCAGUGGCUGCAGAAAGCACUGGAUGGGGAAGUAGCUGAGUGGGGCCGGGAGCAGGAGCCUGACACAGACCCAUCUGGCUUUUACCACUCACCAAUGCCAGCCAUCGUGCUUCAGAUCCUGGAAGAGAACAUUCGAGUAAGCAGCCUGGUCAGUGAGUCACUGCAGCGGCGGGUGCAUGGCAUGGCACUGUCAGAACUGGGAGCAUUCCUGAGAAGCUUCAGUGAUGCCCUGAUUCGAUUCUCCCGAGACCACCUCAGAGGGGAAGCAAUGGCCCCUCAUUACGUGUCCUACCUACUGGCUGCCCUCAACCACCAAUCAGCACUCAGCUCCUCCGUGUCGGUCUUGCAGCCCGACGGGGUGGCUUUAGGAGCCUUGGCUCCGGUGGAGGCAGCGCUGGAGGAGUUGCAGAGGAGGAUAUGUCGCCUGGUGUUGGAGGCACUGCUGGUGGAGCUACAGCCCCUGUUCAUGGCUCUGCCCUCGCGCCAAUGGCUGUCGAGCCCGGAGCUGCUGGAUGAUGUGUGCGAGAGGACGGCGCGCUUCUGCCGGGAUUUUUGGCGUGUGCGGAAUCCCGCUGUCCAGCUGCUGCUGGCCGAGGCUGAGCGUACCGUGGUGCUGCAGUACCUGUGUGCGCUAAUGCAGGGCCGCCUGGUGUGCCGUGGUGCCGAUGAGCGGAACCAGGCUGCCGAGCGCCUGCAGCACGAUGCCAUGCAGCUCCGAGAUCUCUUCCUCGAUUUGGGCCUGGAGGAAAGCUUUCAAUGUGCGCCGGUGCUACUCACUCUGCGAAAGCUGCUGAAUCUCCGCGAUCCCACGAUGCUUGGCUUGGAGGUGGCAGGCCUGCGGCAACAAUUUCCUGACGUGAGUGAGGAUCACGUCUCCGCCCUCUUGGACCUGCGCGGGGACGUGUCCCGAGAGCAGCGCCUAGCUGCACUCAGCUCCCUGCAGGCCGGCCCGCAGCCAUCGCCUCCCGCGGGUCGCCGCGCUCUCUUCAGCCUCGUGCCAGCACCUACACCUGCUCCGUCCUCCUGCCUUCCUUCGGGGCCCUGUGCCUGACUCCCGACUGCCAGCAGAAUAAAGCCACGGCCCCUGUA